CCAAAACAGCACAGGUCCCCCAUAGUCCUGCGAGUCGACCCCAAUUAACUUACUGUUGUUACUUACUGUCUGUUAUUAACUCGCCCAGUGAAUGCGAUUUCUCGGGGUUAAGAAGCCGUACAACAAAGGGUUGACGUAACCGAAACACAUCCCCAAUGUUAAGAUAUAUAAUCAACCGACAAUAUGAUCCCGUCAACAACAAUCUUUGCUUUCCACUGGCAAAAGGCAGUGAAUGGCUUCUACAGAGGAUGUCACUUAUGCAGAUGAUGGAAGUACACCGAGGGUGUGUCAACACUGUGGUAUGGGACGCCCCGGGCAACCUCCUCCUCUCGGGCUCAGAUGACCAACAUCUCGUUAUCUGUGAUCCAUGGGAACGCAUGACAAAAGUACGCAUCCACACUGCUCACCGAGCGAACAUCUUCAGUGCAAAAUUCAUGCCACAUACUGCUAACAGAAAAAUAAUGUCAUGUUCUGGAGAUGGCAUUCUUGUAUAUACAGAUAUAGAAAAGCAAGAGGAGACCCAUGACUGCAAAUUCACCUGCCAUGUGAGCACCUGCUAUGACAUUGUUACUCUUCCUGAUGACCCUCACACAUUUCUCACCUGUGGAGAAGAUGGGACUGUGCGGUGGUUUGACUUGCGGGCAAAAGUUCAGUGCACAACGAGAAAUUGUCAGGAGGAUAUUCUUCUAAACAUGGGACGUGCAGUAACUGCAGUAGCAGUAAACCCUAUUACCCCUUAUCAUUUGGCUGUGGCUACUCAAGAUUCAACCGUCAGAAUUUAUGAUAGACGUGUCCUGGGCACUAGAGCCACAGAUUCCUUUGUGGAGCAGAUAGACAGAGCUCUUCUAAUGAGGCUGAAGCCAGACAACAUGGAAGGCAAGAACCACAGAGUUACAUCUUUACGUUAUAGUCAGGAUGGGAGAGAGGUGCUUGCAAGUUAUUCCUCAGAUUAUUUAUAUCUUUUUGAUACAGAGAACUUUAAAGAGAUUACACUUGAAGGUGCUAAUGAUGUUGAUAUGGAAGCCAAUUCUGGGCCCACGUUGAAACGUCUGCGUCUCAGGGGUGAUUGGUCAGACACUGGUCCUCAGGCACUACCAGAAUGUGAGAUGCGCAACCAGGCAGGAGAUGUUGGCCAAGCAAGACCAACAUUGCAUGCAACGCUUAUGCAGAGGAUGACAGACGUUUUGUCUAGAAUGCUAAAUGAUCCGGGCACUAGAGCCACAGUUCAAAGAACAACUUCAGAAUCUGAGGUACAGAACCCUUCAGAAUCUCCCUCAGAAAAUGUAAGAGAUGGAGAGGAAGCUGCAGAUGCAGUACAACAUUCAGUAAGUAAUGUGAAUGAGCCAUCACCUUUAUCUUCUUUGGAAGCCCCAAGUUCAAGUAUUCAGCCAACCAUGACACAGUCUCCAGGAACAUCAGAGGAUAAUGCUGCUCCAGAGAGUAUGAAUGAUCAGUGUUUUGAAAAUGAAGAAGCG